UAGACACAACGAUGGUAGAUACACAACAUUUUUGUCUGCGAUGGAACAAUUACCAGAGCAGCAUAACCUCGGCGUUUGAGAAUCUGCGGGACGAUGAGGACUUCGUGGACGUGACGCUGGCCUGCGACGGCAAGAGCCUGAAAGCGCAUCGCGUCGUUCUCUCCGCCUGUAGCCCGUACUUCAGAGAAUUGCUCAAGAGCACGCCGUGCAAGCACCCAGUGAUAGUGCUCCAGGAUGUAGCGUUCAGCGACUUGCAUGCCUUAGUGGAGUUUAUUUAUCACGGCGAGGUGAACGUGCAUCAACGUUCUCUCAGUAGUUUUCUGAAGACGGCGGAGGUCCUCAGGGUAUCGGGCCUCACGCAACAGGCCGACCAAACCGACAGAGAUGAGCUGUCGCAUGUCCGCGCGUUGGCGGCCGGCGGCAAUCACCUGCCGUUCCACGAGAAGACGGAGGAGACUUUCCCCCGCAGCGGCGGUUCGCCUACGCCCGUGACCCCGACGCCGACGACGGUGCAGCAGCUACUGCGCCGUGCCCAGAUACGCCGUAACGAGAGACGCACCCCGGACCCGCACGAUGAGUCGACGAAGAGACCGCGGAUGCCGUCGCCGCCGCUCAACAACAACGACGCCACGCCCACGGACUUUUCGAUGGUCAAGAACAACCACCUGUCGACGAAGGUGGAGGGCAACGGGGUGCACGACGAGAACAGCCUCGUCGAGGAGAAUAUAAAGUGCGAGCCGUUGGAGCUGACCGGCGGCAACGGCGGCAACGCCGGCAACAACGAGGACUCGUCGGACUCCGGCGCCGCGGCGUCGGACCGGCCGCCCGCGUCCGCGAGCAGCAACGAGCACGAGCCCGAGCCGGAGCACACGUCCGCGCAGAACUUCCUGCCGGAGAGCAAGCUCUUCACGUCGACGCCCGGCAGCUUCAACUUCAGUAUGGCGGCGCUCACCACCGAUCACACGCCGUUGUCAGUGAAAUUUCCAGGGUUGGGCCACGGCUUGCAGACGCCGGAUCUAGCGGGUACUUCGCAAGGUAACUCAGGUCCGCCCUCGGCGAUUCUCGCGAUGCGACUGUCGCACCCGUUACACGGUAGCCUGCUGCCACCAGGGAUUUGCUACACGUGCGACGUGUGCGGCAAGACACUCUCCACGAAGCUCACCCUAAAGCGGCACAAAGAGCAGCAGCACUUUCAGCCCCUGAACAGCGCGGUCUGCGCGCUCUGCCACAAGGUGUUCAGGACGCUCAACAGCCUGAACAAUCACAAGAGCAUCUACCAUCGUAGGCAGAAAUAGAAGUGAUUGCGCACGCGCGUGUCUUACGUGCCAAGAGACAUCACGAAACGAGCUUAAUAGACGCUAAAAAAAAAUAAAAAAGAAAAAAAAAUACACGAAAAGUUCCGCGUUAUUCGCGACGGCCGGUGCGAUCGACCGGGUCGUCGACAGCGUUGGGCCAUCCAGAGAGAAUCGCGUCGUUCUCUUCUCGAAUUCUUGCUGUCUAGCCAAAAAGAAAGGAACAAACAAAAAAAAGAAAAGAAAAACAACGUCGAACGUUGAGAAAGACGAAGUGAUUUCAGCCCGUUACUCGAUUCAUCGAUCCACUAUUCAUUAUCGCGCGUAUCUAAUGCAUUGGAUGCGUCGUACAGCCGUCUGAUUUUACUUGUUUAGUCUAACAAAAUGCGUGAUCCUUCGUGAAUAUUUAUAUUGUUGUUCGCCCAUGGUUUCGAAUUGAUGUACUUCGCCGUGAUACUUUUCUUCUCGGUUACGAUUAUUAGAAUUGUCGGAGAGCGCCAAGAAAGCUGCGGGUACAUAUAAUCAUCGAAAUGAUUCGUGGCAAUUUGCCAAUCCAUGCUUAUGAGGGGUCAAUACGAAGGUAUAUACACGUAUGUAGAGUCGAGAUGAGAAUCAGACAGACAUUUUAAGCGAUAAAUACACGGCGAAAAUUGAUACGGACCUUCGACCGGUAACGGACCCCGCCGGACGUUUUUUGUACGAGACUCGAAACGCAAUUGUUACGUUAUUAUCGCCUGUCGAUUGUACAUCGGUAUCAUAUAAUGGGUUUGACAUUUGGGACCAUGGGAUGUUGGGGAUCUGUGGGAUUCUUUUGAGCCACUCGAUCAUUCGAGGAAGACGCGAAUUAUCGGAAAACAACUCGGUCAUUCUUCGAGAGACAAUAGGAAUUUGCGUCGAAUGUCGCCAUUGUGUUCACGAUGUUUGUGCGUGUGUCCUUGAAAAAUCUUCCUCGUGUGUCUCAGCCGCACGGCAAACAAUUUUUGUAAAAAAAAAGUAGUAGGGAAACACGUCGUCGGGUUCGCGCGCGGAAAUCAGUGCUUCCAGAUGGGCGAGUGUACGUGGU